AUGCAUCUGUUUAUCGGUAGAAACCCCAGAUGUAUUGUAAUAUCUUCCAAUGGCUACAAUUUGAUGUUUAAAAGAUUCCAUAGAAGUUCUCGGUCUAAUGUUAAGGAUAGCCAAUAUUUGAAAACCCCAACAGUCGUAAUAGGUAGUGUCACAGAUGAGGAUUUGAUGGAUGCCAAUCAUUUCAUUGAGGUGAAAAAUAGAAUCUUGAACGGCCUGCUAGGCCUAAUCACAGUAGACGGUGGUAUUUAUAUUGUAGUCAUUUCUGGUGUGCAGAAAGUCGGUUUUCCUCGAUGGAAGUAUCAGGAUGGCCAGGUAUUACCCAGUGAAAAUAUCUAUAAGAUUCUAGAUGUCGACUUUUAUAGUUUGGAUGUAAAUGUCUUUGAUCACCUAUUCUAUGAACUAUCAGAAAUCAAUUAUGAAAAAUUAAUUAAUGAACACCCAUGUGGUUCUUUGAAGAAAUUAUUUAAUGAUGGUAGUUUUUUUUAUUCAAGAGAAUUUGAUAUUUCAAAUUCAAUAAAAAACCAUACUUGGUCGAAAAAUUUAGAUUAUACAAUUGAUAAUCAAGAUACAAAUUAUAUUUGGAAUAAAAAUUUAACAAGUGAAAUUAUUCAAUGGCGAAAUAGGAUGAAUGAUAUCGAGAAAGUAACUUUUGAUCUCGGCGGAUUUUUAAUAUUUAUAAUGAGAGGUUUCUGUAAAACAACUUUAAUCGAAACACCGACUUCAGUUUCAUCAAUCACUUUAAUAUCUAGAAUAUCAAUUGAAAAUAAACCAAACAUUUUUGAUCUGAAAGGUAUCAAUGAUGAUGGGAAGAUAUCAAAUUUUAUUGAGACAGAAAUUAUUGUAACAACAGAAAGAUUUAUCUUUUCUUAUACUCAAAUAUCAUGUAAUAUACCAUUAUUUUGGGAAAUUGUGGAUAAUCAACUCAUUGGUGGCAAAAGACCAAAAUUAACAAAAAGUCCCGAACACGCUCAAGUAGCUUUUGAUAGACAUUUUGAUAAUCUAGAAUCAAAAUACGGUAUCGUAACAAUUGUUAAUCUAAUCAAACCAAGAAGUGAAUCCCAACGUUUAUUGUCAAUGUCAUAUAAGACAUGUGCAGAUGCAAAGAAAAUUAAGCUUAUAAAUUUUGAUUGUAGUUCAGAUUCACUUUUGAAAAGUUCCCACAAGUUGUUAUAUUUUUUAGAAUCGGAUAUUUAUGAAUUUGGUGCAUUCGUAUAUGAUACAAAUAAGGGAAUUUACAUAGGGAAGCAGACAGGCAUUUUAAGAAUUAGUUCUUUUGAUUCUUUGAAAAAAGUUAAUAGUAUCGAAAAAUUGGUUUGCCAAGAAGUGCUAGAAUUAGCAACAAAAGAACUAAAAGAUUUUGAAUUGACAAAUAUCUUUGCUGAAUCAUAUGAAAGGAUUUGGUCUGAAAAUUAUUAUUGGCUAAAUAGAACAUAUUCUAAAAAUGUUAAAAAUAAUAUAAAAAUGAAAAGAACUUAUAUCAAAUUAUUUGGGUCAAGAGUAAAAUUAUAUGAUCCAUUAAAUUCAUUCUUAAAUAAAAAUAUGAAAAAUUUACGAAAUAAAUAUACUUUUGAAAAGAAAAUAAAAAUUUUUGCAGGCACUUUUAACAUCAGUGGUAAAAUUUCACAAGAUAGCAUCCAUGAUUGGAUAUUUCCUAAAAGAUUCUUCCCAAUCACUCCACCAAGCUCUAAAUCAAAGAAAAGUUCCUACGCAACCUGUAGCAAUAUUGCAGAUAUUUAUGUCAUUGGUCUUGAAGAAGUAAUUGAACUAACCCCUGGUCAUAUGCUAUAUACUGAUCCUUACAUUAAACAAUAUUGGGAAAAGAAGAUUUUACAUGUUUUAAAUAGUAAUACCCAUGGUAAUGGUAAGAAAUUUGUUUGUCUUUGGAGCAAUCAACUAGGUGGCAUUCUAUUAAUGGUAUUUAUGAACGAAGAUGAAUAUAUUAAAGUAAAACAUAUAGAAGGUGAUGUAAAAAAGACAGGGUUAGGAGGUAUGGCUUCUAAUAAGGGUGCUGUUGCUGUGAGCUUUAAAUAUUCAGCAACAAAGUUCUGUGUUAUUGCCUCUCAUUUAGCAGCGGGGCUAGAUAAUGUGGAACAAAGACAUAUCGAUUAUAAAACGAUCAAUAAAAAUAUUCGAUUUUCGAGGGGUCUAAGAAUUAAAGAUCACGAUGCUGUAAUAUGGAUGGGUGAUUUUAAUUAUCGUAUAUUAAUGACAAAUGAUCAGGUACGUAAGCUAAUCAUCAAAAAAGAGUAUAAUAAAUUAUUGGAACGUGAUCAAUUGAAUCAACAAAUGAUUGCAGGUGCUACUUUUCCAUAUUAUCAUGAAAUGGAAAUUAAAUUUCCACCUACUUACAAAUUUGAUCCUGGCACCAAAAAUUAUGAUACAAGUGAAAAAUUGAGAAUCCCGGCAUGGACUGAUCGUAUUUUAUCAAGAGGUGAAGUAUUAAAACAACUAAGCUAUGGCUGUGCUGAAGAUAUUCUUUUUUCUGAUCACAGGCCGGUAUAUGCAAUAUUUAAGGCAAGAGUUACAGUUGUCGAUGAGAAGAAAAAAGAAGCUAUUUCAAAAGAGGUAUAUGAGCGUAUUAUGGAUAAGCUAGAUAGAGCUACCGACGAAGAAAGAUUAGAAUUUCUAAAUGAAGGUAUAUCAGUCAUGAAUGAAUUUGAAGAUAGCGAUGAUAAUACAAGAAUAGAUGAAGGCGGUGAUAUGACAAUAUUUGACAUUAAUGACCCAAAUAAUAACCUUGGUAAUCUAGGUAACAAUACUAAUAAUGGUAAUGAUAUUACUAGCAAUAAUAAUACAAACAGUGCUGAUCGGAUAUAUUUACAGACUAAUCAAGAAACCAAGAAGACGAAGCGUCUACCGCCGCCUAGCUCUGAUUUAAAGAAAUGGUGGAUUGGUGGAGGAAAACAAGUUAAAGUCAGUUUAAAUAUUGACGCUGAAGAUUAUAUGCUAAAUCCAAAAAGGAGCGUAAAUCCUUUUGUGGAAGAUGAUGAAGAACCGAUAUUUAUAAGGCGUGUUCCAGAAGAUACCGCAGAAAAUGAAGUUGAUAAAGGACGGGAAGGUGGGGAUGAAGAGCAAUAUACCCAAGAAGGAAGAAAGCAAGAAGAUUAG